AUGACCCACCACGGAUAUCGGCGAUCUCGGGGUAAUAUGAGCAACCGAAGAGGAUCCAACAGCUCCAGAAAGCACAAUGAGCCGGAAAAACCCUGUACUCAUUUUCAGCGUGGCAGAUGCUACUACGGUGAGAAGUGCAAAUUCUCGCACGAUGUGAACGAGGCUGCCAAAUCCAAAUUAAAUCCAGCCGCAUACCGUCCUACAUCCAGUGAUCCAGACGCUCAGAAUCAAUACUUUGACUGGAAGACACUCCUGAGAAGCGGGAUAUCACAUUCUGGAUAUUAUCGAAGGGAGCAUGAGGAGCUCGUUCAAUUCUGGAACGGUGCUCUUGAAAUCCUUGAAAGCGACAGCAGAGAAAAUCAUCAAUUCCUCGCCAAAGAUCUUGUGGAUGACAAACUUCAUGGAUUUGACUUCAUCCUAGCAACUGCCGAUGCAGACAAUUCCGAGGAACUGAGACCUAUGCCAUCAUAUGAUGAGCCAUUCCUCAAAGUCAUUACCCAUAUCUCUCUCCUGGAUUGUCUUUCUAUUGAUUCAUUUGUUGGCACUCUGUACACAUACUUCGGCGGCACGAACGGAGAUCGAGCAAUAAGAUAUCUGAGAGGUGUCUGUCUGAACCUGAUGAGUCAAGGUGAAGAAAACAACGAGAUUGCACCGGUUUUCUCCCUAGAUAUGAUAAAGUUGCUGUUGAAUACACUUUACCAGCUCUUGUCAAGGGUUCGAAACGCUCGAUUCCAUGAUGAACUUCCCGCACUGCUCGACCAAGCCCGCAAACUGGGCGCCAAAAUGACUGAUAAAUGCUCGAAAGCUGACCGUGACGGACUUGAAAGCAAAAUAGAAGUCAUGCAGAGCCUGAUAACUAGCGCAAACCGCAGUCUUACUACACCUAGGGCGCAUGAGGAGAAUCCCCAGAAGACUAGCUCAGUCCUGUCGUCUUUUCCAGUGGAGAUGCAAAUACCUGGCGGGAGACACGACAACGACCUCGCAGACAUAUCUCAAAUUCAAAUCCUUCCUAUCCAUGGAGAGAUUGUCAGCGGCGAUUCAGAAUAUCUGCCCUCUACCAACUUCCACCAGCCUCACUUUCUCGCCGACCAUUUGCAAAGAUACAUAGACUCAACGUUCCGACUCCUGCGCCAUGACAUAUUCGGCUCAGCCAAAGAUGUCCUUAGAGAUCUGCUGCAGCAGAGCGACUCAACACGGAGUCCUUACCUCUCAGGCAAGGAUAGCGGGGCACAUCUCUAUCUGGCAGCACAGGUCCAGCACAUGUUUAUCAAUGACAGAAGAGAGCUCGAAGCGACAGUAUCCUUUUCUACUCCUCCACAACUCCGCAAAAAGUCCCACAAAGAGCAAUGCAGAUGGUGGCAAGAAUCCAGUCGACUUGAGGAAGGAAGUCUAGUCUGCUUCUUAGCGCCUCAAGGAACUCACAGAAGGCUUAUCUUCCUCGAGGUCACUGUAAAAAAUGCUUCCAAGGAUCGAGCGCACCAGAAAAAAAGUAAUCUUGUUUCAGAUAAAUUUCCACCUAGUGUUACGGUCAAGCUUGCGGCAUGCCGACAAGAGGAAUUGAUCUUCCUGGGCCAGCUUUACAGCGAGAAGCUCACCGGUAUCCUAGUCGAAUUCCAUGGAUUGAUCCCUGCCACAUUCGUUCCUAUCCUGGAAAACCUUCAGCGAAUCCAAGGCGAAGGGGAUUUGGCAUUCCGAAAAUGGAUCUUGCCAGCCCGUAAGGGCGACGAAGCUGAUUACGACAUACCCCCACCGGCAUAUGCGCGGAAACCGGGAUUUAUAUUUCCCUUGACCUCGAUCACGACCCUUACGCCUGAUAAUGUUGCAUUGGACCCAAGAAACCCUGGCUCUAUUGACACCUUGAAGCUGCAAACUCAAACCGGUCUCGAUUAUGGCCAAUGUCAGGGACUUAUCGCAGCUCUCACACGAGAGUAUGCCCUCAUCCAAGGCCCACCGGGCACCGGAAAGUCCUAUUUGGGUGUUAAAGUUGUUCAGGCUCUGCUUGAAAUCAAACGAACGGCAAAGCUAAACCCGAUCAUUGUGAUGUGUUAUACCAACCAUGCCUUGGACCAGUUUUUAAAGCAUCUUCUUGAUGUAGGUAUCCAGAGAAUCAUACGCAUUGGCGGCCGCAGUCAGGCCACCGAACUUGAAGGCAAGAACCUUCGCGUUGUCAGCAAAGAUAUUGGGAAGACGAGGGUAGAGUCACAAACCCUCGGCAUGUCAUACAGGAGACUUGAAGACUGUAUGGAGCAUGCUGGAUAUGCAAUGAAGCCCCUUCACCAGUCUCAGAAAGGCCUGUCUUGGGCCGCUAUGGAGCACUUUGUGCGCCGUAAAUGGCCUAUCAUACAUGGACAGUUGGAGCAACCAGACCUGGAAGGAUUCAUAACUGUCACUGAUGAUAAAUUGCUCAACUGGCUUGGAGCCAAGUCGAUGAGAAUCCCGAAAGAUCAGAAAGAGAGUGAAGUUGACAGUGUGCGCUUGGAAGGCCUCACACGCGCUGCUCAGGAAAACAUCCACAGUCUCUCAAUACCGGAACGCCGGAUUCUUGCAAUAAGCUGGUUCAAACAGUGGCAGAAAAGCGAAACUGCCUCGCUUUUCGAGGCUCUUGAUCACGCUGCAAGCCUUCGCGAGGACAUUAAUUCAGUCCAUGAAGAGGUCAAUCGCCGAGCCCUGAUUCAAGCAGAUGUGAUCGGAAUCACGACAACAUCCCUUGCGCGCCAUAUCAAGACCCUUCGCCGUAUAGGAACAAAAGUUAUCAUAUGCGAGGAAGCAGCUGAGGUGAUGGAAGCCCACGUCAUCUCAGCUCUUAUGCCAGGUGUUGAGCACUUCAUUCAGAUUGGAGAUCAUCGACAGCUGCGACCACAGAUCCAAAAUCAUUCACUCAGUCUUGAAACAUCCACAGGAAAGGCGUGGCAACUAGACAGAAGUCAGUUUGAGAGACGCGCUGUCGGUGAGCCAGGUCUUAAGCCUGCCCCUAUUGCCCAGCUGAAUGUACAACGAAGAAUGAGACCUGAAAUCUCCCAACUCAUCAGAAGUGUAUAUCCCAAACUCAAUGAUCAUGAAAGUGUGACAACUCUACCAAAUGUUGUUGGAAUGCGGAACAACCUCUUUUGGUUGAAUCAUCGAUAUGAUGAAGAUUCGAGAGAUGACGGCAGCCGGGUGAAAUCCCAUAGCAACCAGUGGGAGGUCGACAUGGCUACUGCUCUUGUUCGGCAUCUUGUUCGGCAGGGAGAGUAUAAGAGCACGGAUAUUGCCCUUUUGACUCCCUACACCGGGCAGUUGCGGAAGCUCAGGACAUCGCUCAGCAGUGAUUUCGAGGUUUGUCUUAGCGAGCGAGACCUAGAAACCUUAGCUGCGGAUGGGUUCGAGAAGAUUGAAGAUGAGAAUUCUGAGUCAAAUAGUCGCAAGGCAAUCGAGAAAAAGACGUUGCUCCAGACGCUCCGCCUUGCCACCGUCGACAACUUUCAAGGCGAGGAGGCAAAGGUGAUCGUGAUCUCCUUAGUUCGCAGCAACUCAAAGCGCAAGGUUGGCUUCCUGCGCACCGAAAAUCGCAUCAACGUGCUCCUCAGUCGAGCCCAGCACGGCAUGUAUCUAAUUGGAAAUGCCGAAACAUAUCUGAACGUGCCAAUGUGGGCCGAUGUCCACUCUCAGCUCUCCCGUGCGGAUGCAGUCGGCACGGAGUUGGCCCUUUGUUGUCCUCGCCACUCAAACACACCUAUUCUUUGUUCUGAUCCUCAUGACUUUGAAAGAAAGAGUCCCGAGGGUGGGUGUAGUCUUCCAUGUACCCGUCGACUGGAACCAUGUGGCCAUCAAUGUCAGGCCAAGUGCCACUCGGCGGUCAUGCACGACGGCUUUGCAUGCGGAAAGCCUUGCCCACGUGUUCGAUCAACCUGCGAUCAUGAAUGUCCUAAGCUAUGUGGAGAAGACUGUGGCCUUUGCAUGACGAAGAUUCACGAUGUGGAGCUUCCUUGUGGUCAUAUCAAGGAGGUUGUCUAUUGCCAUCAGAUGUCCGACUUGAAAGUAAUUCAGUGCCACUUCAAGGUCGAAAAAAUCGUUUCCAAGUGUGGCCAUAAAAUCCAGGUUGGCUGUUUCCAGGACGUCACUUCCCCAACCUUCCGUUGCCCUGAGCCAUGCACCGAAGUUCUCAGCUGUGGCCAUGACUGCAGUGAUUGCUGCGGAAACUGUCUCGAGGAAGUCCACGACGGAAGAAGAGUAUAUACACACGCGAAGUGCACGAAAAGGUGUGACCGUCCACACGGUGUUUGCAACCAUCGGUGUGCCAAGAAAUGUCAUAAUGGAGAAAGCUGCGGCUGCUGCGAGGCAAAUUGCGAGGCAAGAGCCACUAUAAUCCAUUAUUUCGUCCAAUGCUCACACUCAGCAUGCGACUUAACCUGUGGAAAGGCGUGUGCGCCAUGCAUCGAGAGAUGCACCUGGUCUUGCAUCCACCAAGGUUCCUGCUCAAUGCCUUGCGCGGCACCAUGUAACCGACUGCCUUGCGAUGAGCGAUGCCCCAAGAUUCUCGAAUGCGGCCAUCAGUGUCCGAGCCUCUGCGGGGAAGAUUGCCCAGAGAAUUUAUGUCAGAAGUGCGGCGACAAGAGAGAUGCUCGUGUUGACUUCCUCGAAUUGAAAAACUAUUCCGAAAUCAAUCUCGACGAAACUCCAAUCAUCGCGCUUGGAUGUGGCCACUUCUUUACAAGUGAAUCGGUUGAUGCACUGGUUGGCCUGAAUGAAGUAUACACGAGAGAUAAAGACGGAAAUUUUGAAGGCCUCCGGGAUGUCUCUUCUUCUCUUGCCAGUGGCAUACCCACGUGCCCGGACUGUAAACAGCCCAUUCGCCAGUUUGUGACGAAACGUUACAAUCGUGUGGUCAAUCGAGCUGUUAUGGAUGAGACUUGCAAGCGGUUCCUUACCAAGGGUCGCACCGAACUUGAAGGCCUUGAAUCGCGUUUGAACAACAUCGAACGCAAUCUCAACACUAAGGAAGAAUUGCUGCUCACUGGAAACCCCAAAACACAACUUAAAGCAGGAUACAAAGCCUGUCAGCGCAUUGGGACAGAGGCUUUGACUCUCAGCGAAACCAUGAAGGCCGAGAAUCAGCCGACGAAACGGCUCAUGGAUGCAAUUAAAAUCUUCCACAAGCCACUAAAGGAUGAAAUAGCCUCUGUUGCAGCCCGCCUGCAGGCGAUAAAUCUGACAACACGAGGACCCGACAACCAAAUCACUCUCAGUGCACAGCUAAUCAACAUCAAAGCCCGAGAAGUCGCGUUUAGCCAUAUCUUUCAUUCUGCAAAACCACAGCUCAGUUUCACCAACCUAUCAUCAAUGUUGACUGAAUUGUUGAAGGAUUGCCGAGACUUAAUAACUCAGGCGGAUGAAGAAAGUCUCUACCGCAUCGUCAUCACGGCAACCAUCUCAUUCGCCAAGAUAGCCCAGCUGGACGCGUGGUAUCGCCGUACUCAUCCAGGAGAAAAGCACUCAGAUCUUCAUCUCAAAGAAAGUUACUCAUGUCUGGGGAAGCUCGAAGACCGCACUGAAACCACUCGGAAUCUCCUCAACACUGCGUUAAACCUAUGCGACAGACUAGGGAACUGCUUCGAGCUCCAAGACCAGGUUCAGGAGAUGGUCCGCCUCUACGAGGGACCUCGUUAUGAGACAGUGACUUUGGAAGAACUGGAAUCAAUCAAGACGGCCAUGGUCAGCGGGCGGAGAGGAAUCGCGACUCACUCUGGGCACUGGUACAAUUGCGUCAAUGGACAUCCGUUUGCUAUUGGAGAGUGCGGUAUGCCGAUGGAGCAAGGUAGAUGUCCUGAGUGCGGAGCGCCUAUUGGAGGUCGAAAUCACACAGCUGUUCAGGGCGUAUCUCGAGCGCGGGAGAUGGAGUAG